AUGGUGUUCAUUACCGAAAGUCUUAUACGAAAACGAGCGGAACACAACGAAGGCGAGUUAUCGACACUUGAAGAAGUGUCACUUCAUCAACAAGAUAUUGAACGAAUCGAACAUUUAGACAAAUGGUGUCGAGAAUUACGUAUUCUCUAUUUACAGAGCAAUCUCAUUUCCAAAAUCGGUACGACUCAUAAGACCAAAUGCAUAUCAUUGUUUGUAUUCGUUUUCGACUUUGCAUAG